GCCACAGAAUUGGUAUCACGGGUAUCACGCAGGCAUCACACUAGCAGCAGGGCCAUUAUUAUUAGCAGGGGGGUUGCUUUGCAUUGCGCUGGGCUGCUUUAUUUUAUUAUUGUGUUAUUAUCUUUACUGGAUUUAGAUUGAUUUUUUUUCUGGCUGGAAAUGGACAUAUUAACAAAGCUCAAGGACUGGAUUACUGUUCCAAGGCUGGGCAGUCUUACAGCUGCACCAAAGAGUCAUGACAGCCAGGACACUGAGGAUGACGGGGUGACAUUUCCAUCUGACCACAUGACUCCAGAGGAGAUGGAGCGUCACUGUCAGCAGCAGCUGAAGAGCCUGCCGCCACUGCUGACCCGCCAGCUUGUGGAAUACCCACCGCCUGCGGAACAGUGCCUCACCGGCAAUAUCCGCAUCAUGCAAUGGAACCUGCUGUCACAAGCUCUGGGUGUGCACAAUGACAACUUCACUCAGUGUCCCGCCUGUGAUCUGGACUGGGGUAACCGGCGCUACCGCAUUCUGGAGGAGAUAGCGCACUACUCCCCCGACAUCAUCGGGCUACAGGAGGUGGACCACUUCAAGUUCCUGCAGAGGGGACUCGGCACUAUGGGCUACGAGGGCACCUUCUUCCCGAAGCCGAGCUCGCCCUGUCUCAGCAUCAAGUCCAACAACGGGCCGGACGGCUGCGCGCUGUUCUACCGUACGGACCGGUUCGAGCUGCUGCAGACCGUGACCAAAGUCAUCGACGUGUGGAAGGUGCAGAGCAACCAGGUGGCAGUGCUGUGCCUGCUGCGGGAGCGCCGCUCGGGCCGCGAGCUGUGUGUGACCACCACGCACCUGAAGGCGCGGCCGGGCGCGCUCAACAGCGCCGUGCGCUUGGAGCAGGGCCGCGACCUGAUGGCGUUCGUGGCGCCGCUGGCCGCCGGCCGGCCCGUGCUGCUCUGCGGCGACUUUAACGCCGAGCCGACGGAGCCGGUGUACGGCGCGGUGACGGGCGCCGGCCGGCUGCCGCUGGUCUCCGCCUACCGGCAGGCGGCCGGCGCCGAGCCCCGAUACACCACCUGGAAGAUCCGCGCCACCGGCGAGGUGUGUCACACGCUCGACUACGUGUUCAUUUCGGUGGGACGGUUCGCGGUGACGGCUCUGCUGCCGGCGCCCACAGGCGAGGCGCUGGGCCCGCGGCGCGCGCCCAGUCUCACCUAUCCCAGCGACCACUUCUCACUGGUGGUGGACCUACGGCUGCUGGCGGAGCCGGCGUAGCGGGCAGGGCGGCCCUGACUGUCGGACAGGUGAUCACUGAUCAGUGAACUGACUCCGUCCCCGGGCCGAGUGUCAGGACGGCGCGCGCGUCUGCGCAGCUCAGUGAGUGUUAGGAAGGUGAGACAGCGUGCCCCGCUCAGUGCCACUGGUACAGCUUGUUUCCUCAGUGUGCAUACUUGCCGGUUGAUAUUCUGAAUGUAGACAGCCUAAGCAUAUUUAAGAAGUGACUUACUGGUGGAAUAGCCAUGACAGGCAGUGUUGUGAAAGGUUUGGAAGGGGGUCCGUCAUUUCCAGAUCUGACAGUCUACAGCCCACUGGGAUGGUCCACGGUCGGCGCCCUAUUGUGGCUGCUGAGGUCGGAUCAUACUGCUGUAUUGACCCAGGGUGAUGACCGCGCCGGGGUGUACUGCAGACCGGGGUGUGCCUGCUCCGUGCCCGGGCGGCGCUCGGCAGCGGCGUCUUCGACUGGACCGCCGGCAGCCCGAGGGGUGGACACUGAACCGCUCUGUGUCCCAGACUCCGACCCCCGAUGAUUCACAGUCGUGUUCCUCGUUUGAAGCGUGUCCUCACGGCGCUCGUGUGUUGGCCCGAAACUGGUCUAGUCACCCGAUCUGGUCGGGUUUCGGCACCUCAGUGAUAUGCGGCGACUAGCUGAGACUAGAUGUGCGGUGUGGUAGUAGCUUAGCAUGACACGCCUUCUCUGUGCCUCCUCGCGUACAGACGGCGGCGCCAGAUCUAUAUACAAUCGCGCACUGAUUUAUUUUUAGAUUUGCUUAGAUCUGAAUGCCCGAACUUCCUUUGUAGUAAUAUUUGACUUGGUUUGUGUGCUGUGCAAUACUUUACCUCCGGAUUCAGGGGAUAUUGCUCGAAAUGCUUCAAUCAUCGUGAUGCAUUUCAAGUCGUAUUUUCUUCGCAUACAAUCAAACUUUUAUUGAGCUUUAGUGAAAUGCACGAAAUCAAAUAAGUUAUUCAAGUAUUUGUGUGUGUAGAGGACAUGACAGUAGCGCCUGAGAUCGCUCGCAUGGAUCCGUGGAUGAUGACUUUUGUCGCAUGAAAUAAAGAAAAUACAAGAUGACAUAUAUUUUA